AUGUACCCUCCAGUAAGUAGAAUGUUUUAUAAUUUAAAUCGUGUCAGGGCUACGCCGCUCGUCCUUUCGGCUAUGGUCCUCCUCGUCCAUUCUACCCUCCGUAUGGCCCACCCUCAUAUGGCCAUAUUCCUCCAAGCUUCGGGAGAGGUGGAGAAGAGAAAAGAAGACCUACCCUUCUCCGUCCUCAGACGUUUGAUCAGUAUAUGAGCCAAGCUGAAUUCCCAAGGAAUCCAGAAGAAGAUGAAGCGCUUAAUAAGGCCAUGUUGGCCAGAAAUCAGCAAAUCGCCCCUUCCUCCAUCGAACAAUCGUCGGCCACGACUUUGAUGACUCAAGUAAAGGCUGCCUUGGAGACGAUCAUCUCCACGCAAAGUAUCCCGUCAGCUGUAAGUAAAGCAAAAUUGAUAUUAGUGAUUGUUAAAUUUACUGACGAUAGUGUUUUUAGAAGAUCACAGAGGUCAAAGAAGUUGGAUCCUAUAAGACAGGAACGAUGUUGACAAAGAAGAACAUUGCGGAUCUUGUCCUUGUAUUCAGCACUCUUCCAACUCGUAAGAAAUCUGCGUGUUCUUUGUAUUACAAUUAUUAAUUAUGUUUAAGAUCAAACUGUGAAAGCGCUGGGAGAAAAAAUUGUGGAAAUCUUAAAGGAAACUCAGUCCGGAGAGAUUUUUGGGGUGGUCCCUCGAGAUUAUGGAUGCGAAGUGGCCGGAACUCAGGCUGUUCUCAGACUCAUGAUCACCGUGCCAUCCGAGCUACCCCUUCAAUUGGAUUCGGAACUCCAUUUAAAACCUGAAAUCUUAAAGAAAAACAUGGAUGCCCUUAGGCACGCACACUGGUUUGACGAGAAUGCGGGCCAGCCAGCUAUCAAGAUGAUGGUUAGGAUUAUCAAGGACAUUAAGAAUCGGUGCGCUGGGCUCCAACCCUUGGAUAUUUGGACGAUCGAACUCCUUGUAAGUUUGCGAUUGAAAGCUUUUUUAAGAUGUUUAUUGUACAGGGUGUUUCAAGAAAUUUGGAACAAAUGACUUGCUUAUAUCUUUUUGUUCUUUGCAGCUAUCAACGAAUUUCUUUUUGCUUCUAAAAAUUGACAGCGUGCGUUUUUAGAAUCUCAAAAAAAAAAUUUUUUCGUCGGCGGAGGGCCCAUUUCUCGGCGGAGAAAGUUAGCGCCUUUCUUAAAAAUCACAGCGUAUUACGCGACGGAAACGCCGUUGCAACGGCUGAAAUCAAGUUUACGUUACACCUCCGUCGAUUUUACGGUAUUUUUUUGUUUUCGAUUUUACGCUCACCGCGGAGGCGCGGCGGAGACUUCAGAUUUCGGCGGACGUUGUUUUGGGCCUUCGUCUGUUGCAAUUCAUGUUGGAAAAGAGGUUGGGGUGAUUUUUUGUUGUCAUCCGAUGCACAGAUGGCAAAAAUUUCGUGCUUUUUUUCCACGGCGGAGGAUUCGGCGGAGGCUUUAUCAAAGGGUAAAAGCAGUCUUACGAGUCCGGGAAAAAUCUCAGCUACAAGAAUCCAUCAGGGCAGCAUUGUCUUUCAAAGAUUUUUGAUUUUCUUGGUCCGGCGAACAAAUCGGCGGAGUUUUGUUUUUACCCUUUGAUAAAGCCUCCGCCGACUCCUCCGCCGGCGAUAAAAAGCACGAAAUUUUUGCCAUCUGUGCAUCGGAUGACAACAAAAAAUCACCCAAACCUCCUUUUCCAACAUGAAUUGCAAAAACCAAAGGCCCAAAACAACGUCCACCGAAAUCUGAGGUCUCCGCCGCGCAUCCGCGGAAGUGCGUAAAAUCGAAAACGCAAAAAAAGCAUACCGUAAAAUCGAUGGAUGUAUUACGUAAACUUGAUUUCAGCCGUUGCAACGGCGUUUCCGCCACGUAAUACGCUGUGAUUUUUAAAAAAGGCCCUAACUUUCUCCGCCGAGAAAUGGGUCCUCCGCCGACGAAAAAAAAUUUUUUUUGAGAUUCUAAAAACGCACGCUGUCAAUGUUUAGAAACAAAAAGAAAUUCGUUGAUAGCUGCAAAGAACACAAAAAUAUAAGCAAAUCAUUUGUUCCAAAUUUGUUGAAACACCCUGUACAUUAACAGUAACAACAAAACAGGAAAUUAAAAAAUUGUCAAUUAUUAAUUUUAUUAUAGUCCCAUUACUGUGUGACGUACACCCCUGACCGUAACCCUCUCCCUCUUGCUGAUGCCUUCAAAAGGUUCUUCCAAUUGCUAUCUGCCGGAUUCCUUCUCCAUUGUGCUGUGGCUGUUGCUGAUCCAUGUGAUCCUUCAAGGCGAAUCAAUUAUGGAUUCAGUCCGGCUGAUGCUGACUUGAUCUGCCGGACCGCUCAGUUCAUCUGUCGUCUGGUCAUUCAUGAGAAAUUCGAACGUCUGUUUGGUCUGAAGAAUGCCCACAAAGAUGUGGCCAAUGAGAACGAGACGGAUGAUUCCGUUAACAUCGCUCCUUUGAAAGAGGCCUACUUCGACGAAUUCCUUGUUAACAAACCUGAUGAACGCAAGUUCGGACCCCGAGUCACAGUCUGA